AUGACAAAUGAAAUAACUAAAACAGUUUUUCUAGCUGGUUGUGGAGGUGGCUAUGAUAUAUUUGGUGGUCUACCACAUUAUUUUAAAAUUAAGUCGUCUGAAAAUUAUGAUGUAACACUUAUCAAUUAUAGUUUCACUAAACGUCAUCUUUUAUCUAAAUACAGUCAACAAUUAACAACAUUACUCUUCCGCGUUGAUCCAAGACUGGACGUGAUAUGGCUGACAGAUGAUGUUUACUUUCCUGAACAACGUCUUGCUAAUGAACUUCAAGUACCUAUUUAUGCAAUCUUAUGUGAUUAUGAUGAAACACGUAUUGAAUUAAUCAUUGAAGCCUAUAAAUAUUUAAUACAAGAACGUACUAUUGAUGAGCUCAUCUUGAUCGAUGGUGGCUCAGAUGUUUUAUUAACAGGCAAUGAAAAACAACUGGGUACUCCCGUUGAAGAUAUGUCACAUGCACGUGCUGUGCACCUUUUGUCUUCAGAUAAGGUUAAAUCAAAAUAUAUUGUAGUCAUCGGUACUAAUCUUGAAGUAGGUCAUGGAGUUCAUAAAUCUGAUAUCGAUACACGAUUAACUGCUCUUUCAUCUCAUGCUAUCUUCACAUGGUUGUGGCAAUAUGAACAUGAUGAUGCUGUUCGUUACUAUGUCGAUAUUUUUACUCGUUGUUGUCCUCGUCAUUCGAUUGUACAUAGCCUCAUCUGCGCUGCAUUGCAAGGUCGAACGGGAUACUAUUUGCCUGAACACUUACGUAGUCGUAUUACUAAAUCAAUCGUUUCAAUUGGUGAAGAGACAUGUGUUUCAACUGGUUAUCAUUUCGAUGAUGUUAUGCGUGAAAAUGUCUACUUUGAACGAUUGACACCUGCAUUGAACUUAAGACAAGUGCACGAUGUUAUUUUGAUCGCUCAAGGUUUAGUGAAUCAAUGUAGUGAAAACGAAGAAUACACUUGUGGUUCAACGUGUAUUGAAACAUGCAACUACAAACCUCAAAUUUGCGUAUUGAUGUGCAGGAGUGAAUAUCAUGAUAUCACACUUCCAAAAGAUUUAGUUGAAACGAAUGAUUUUCCAUGGAUUGAACAUGUAGAUAAAGUAGCAAGAGCACUCGAUGCUUUUUCACCAGAUAGAAAUGGAUGGAUCGACAAGAGUGUUCAUAUAUGA